GUGCUCCUCCGCGUGCAGUCGUGCUCAGCUUUCACUCUUGCUGCCCCACAGGCACCGAGGCACAUCCUACGGUUCUUCUCCCGGGUGUCCAGCGGAGGACGUGACCCGGCGUUCGUCUUUGCCGCGUCGGGUGUGGUCAUGUCGCACAGAGGAGGUCUCUGAGCCGGGAUGUCAUCGUACGCGCAUUACGUCGAGGACGUCACGGGGGAGCGAGGCUCCGCCCCCCUGGACAUCGACAACAUCCACGUCCUGCUGCAAGUGGAGCAAGAACAGAUCCAGAAGAGGACUUUCACCAACUGGGUCAACGCCCAGCUGGCUAAGAGGAGGCCUCCCUGCAUGGUGUCGGAUCUCUUCAACGACUUCCGAGAUGGAUCCAAGCUGCUGGACCUGCUGGAGGUGAUGAGCAACCAGCGCAUCAGCCGCGAGCGAGGCCGAGGGACGUUCCACCACAGGAGCAACAUCGAGAAAGCUCUGGCCUUCCUCAGGCAGAAAUCAAUCAAACUGGUCAACAUCAACAUUCCCGACAUCAUCGAUGGCAAACCCUCCAUCAUCCUGGGCCUGGUCUGGACCAUCAUCCUCCAGUACCACAUCGAGGAGCUGGCCAGCGUGCUCUCCUUCAACUCCCGCCAGUCCUCCAUGGAGUCUCUGGCCAGUUUGGACUCUCGCUCCACGUUGUCCUGCGGCGGUCCCGCCCCCCGCAAGGGCUCGCCGCUCCACGCCCGGUUCAGGGUGUCGGCUAAGAAGGCCCUCCUGCUGUGGGUGCGCGAGCAGUGUCACAAGGCCGGCUGUUCCGUCAACGUCAAGGACUUCAAAGGCAGCUGGCGGAGCGGCGUGGUCUUCCUGGCCAUCUUGUACGCCCUCAGGUCGGACCUGGUGGACCUGUCCAAGGCCAGAACCAGGAGCAACAAGCAGAACCUGGAGGAGGCUUUUCGCGUGGCCGAGAGAGAGCUGAAGAUCCCGCGGCUGCUGGAGCCCGAUGAUGUGGACGUCCGGGAGCCGGAUGAGAAAUCCAUCAUGACCUACGUGGCCCAGUUCCUGCAGUACUCCAGAGACCUGCCCAUGCCCGAGGAGGACUUUCAGACAAAAUAUCUGACUCCUCCCAAAGCUCCUUCUCCUAUCAGCCUUCCUGUGCACUACACGCCUGCUAUCUCCACCUCACCACUGCGCCAGGCGACGCCGGACCGUAAGGCCCAGGAGGUCUCGUGUUGGCUGCUUCAGGCCUACGAAGAGCUGAUGGAGGGCUGGAACUCCACCGAGGACGAGACCUACUCGGAGCGUUACCAGGUGUUCCAGACCUUUCUGGUGUCUUUCAACGAGCAGCGACGCCCCAUCGUGCCUCUGCUGACCGCCAUGAGACGAAGCUCCAUGCUGAGCGAGGAGCAGCGAGCCCUUCGGGAGGCGUGGGAUGCCCUCACAGAAAAGCUACGCGAGUACAAAAUAGAGUUAGACGUGAGGCUGCCGGCUCCUCUGGACCUGGUGGCACGAUGGCUUCUGAGAACCGAGGCGGUCCUGGCCGAGGAAGAGGGGGACCCUCUGGACCAUGGCCGGGCUGCGGACGAAGCCAAGGAAAAACAGGAGCAACUCAAGGUCUGCCAAGAGGAGAUGCCCCAACAAUUGAAGACUUUCCAGGCCUUCCUGAACCAGGAUGAGUACGGAAACAUGCUGGUCCCCGCUGAAAAGAUGGAGGAGCUGAAGAGAAGAUUCACCGGCGUAAGAGUGAGCGCAAAGUACCAUGGGAUCAAGCUGGAGUACCUCCAGCACCGUCACACUGUGUUGGAUUUGCUGGGGCAGAUCUGGACCAAAGUCCGUUUAUGGAAGAGUCCUUAUCUCUCUCCGGAGGCAAUCAGAGUGCUGCUGCAGGAAUGGAAUGACCUGGUAAACAAUCGAGGGAUACCUUCUAUGUUGGAAGCAGCCCUUUGUAAGUUGAAGCAGGUUGCUGAGAAAUACUCCAGCAAGUCUGCCCUCGCUGCCGACUACCCCCAGGUUUGUCAACAAGUGACGCAGAUAGAGGAGGACACGGCAGCAGCUCUGGUGGAGGUGACGUCGGCCAAAAGCGACUUGGAACGGGUGCUGACCGCCUGGGACUCUUACAGUGAUGGGAUCAGCUCCAUGGAGGCGUGGCUCGAGCAGAGCUUAGCCGGACAGAAAUACGGUCCCCAGCCAAAGGUGACACCCGAGUCCUUGGCUGAGUGGGGGUCCCGACGAGCUCACCUGAGCGAGGUGGCCAACUUUUUGAUGGAGUCGACCGACCCACAGAGCAGCAAGAGCCUGGCGGGGGAGCUGCAAAAACUCAACAUGAACUGGGAAAAAUUCCACCAAGGAAACACUUUGGACUGCACAGACAAGUGCGAUGUUGAUAUUGAGACCAGACCUCAAGACCUUCAGGCUCUGGUCGAGGAGUCAAGUCUUCUUCUCAAAGAACCUGUGGAGACAAUGGCGGGUCCUUUACGCAUCUAUAGGAAAAGAAUACAGUUCAUGCUGAGGAAGAUAAAGGAAGUGGAUCUGGAUGCUCUUGAUUCAUCCUCAGAAGGACCCUCGGAUGAAUUAAAGACACUAAAGAUGGCCAUGCUUGAAGCAAAACACACUCUGUGCGAAGCAGAGAAGGUGUGUGCCGAUUUGCAGCACAGCGUUUCGGGUCUUGACAGUCGCCUCGCUGAGCUUCUGCACUGGGAGACUGAGGCCAGGGAUCUGUACCAGCUGCUGAAGGCCUCAGAGCUACGGCAACAAAGAGGCCAACAUCCAAGAGCUAAGGACGCGAUAUCACGUGGGCUCCAGCUGGAAGGUCAGGUGGUGACAGAGGAGCAGGACCUUCAGGUCUUAAUAAUGACACAUCAGAAGAACUCUCCCAUCCAAAGUCUCCAAGCUUCCACCAUAGAGGGCCGUGUGCGAGCAACUGUGGCUCACUCACAAGAGGUGGUAGGACUGCUAAGUAGCCUGGGAGCUCGAAGGGACAGAAGCAGGAGCCCUACAGGAGGGCCUCCAUCCAAAGUCUUUAUUCAGGCCAAAACCAAGCCUCAUCAUCUAAGACAGCUGGAUACUGGUCCACCGACACAGGAGUGUACUACCUUGUCAGAAUUUCAGCCAUCUCAAGAAGCGUUUGUGCCAAAGAUAGUGGUGCAGGAAUACAGAGAAGAUAAAAUAGGUGUACCCCCAGUGUCUUAUAGUUCUGCACAAGAAGAGAUGCAGACUAGCCCGACACAAGCAGAAGGCCAAACUCAGGUCUGGGCAGUGAUGACGGAACAAGAGCAGACUGCAGGGAACACAUGGAUACAGCAGCAACAGCUUAACAGAGCGGAAGCACAAGACCCAAAGUAUUACCAAGCCCAAGCAGAGGUACUAAAAGAAAAAGAGGACACAAAGAAAGAGAGACGGAUUCAUAAAGAUGGGGAGCAGCAACUGGAGAUGAAAGGUUAUAAAGAGGACCAGUCUAUGCUAAUGCAUGUAGAGGUUGAAAGAAAACUCCCGCAGACAACUGCAGUGCAUGAGCUGACGUCACCAGUAAAGAAACCUCUUCAAUCACAAGAACUUCAAUGCAAAAAGGCCCGGAGCUUAAAGAACCGACCAUGGCUUGAAAAGACAGAACACGAUAUUCAAAGUCCAAACAAAGAUUCUGCCCAAAAAAUAGUUCAGGCUACACAGCCACAGAAGAAUCAAGACAUAAUAGAGUUCACUGAAGUUGUUCAUCACCAUACAGUAACCUCCAGGACACAGCCUGAGACCCAAGACCAGUCUGCUGGUCAGUCAACCAAACGGAAAAAACUAAAAGAACAGCAGCAGAAACAACAAAUGCCGAUUGUAGUAGCACAGCCAGAAGAAGGCACAAGGAACAAGUCAAAGACAGUAGAUCUGCCUCCUCAGCAAGCAAAUGCAAGAAGUCAGCCCUCAGCAGAAAUGAUGGCUCAGUCACAGGUUCAGCCCCAGCCUCUAGCACACAGCCACGUUUUAGCUCAAAGGCCAACCUGGGCUCAAGUUAGGCCUUCAUCUCCCAUGCAGGCUCCUCUGCAGGACAAAAUUCAACCACCUGUGCCUUCCCAUAUUCAGCUUCGUAGUCAUCCACAGUCCUGGUCCCCUGUCAGGCCGCCGUCCCCUAAACCACCAGCGCAGGCACACAGUCCGACCCAUGUGAUCACUCCUGCACAAGUUUCUCAAGAAACAAUAUUCCAGAUGCAAAGACACCCUCAGUUAAAUCAGCCUGAAAACCAAACAAUCCUUCAACUUCAAAGCCAAUCUCCUCUAGAGACUCAGACUCAAAUCUAUGCAGCUCAGUCUCAAACCAAUCUUGCAUCCAUGGCUCGUGCUCAGUCUGUGACCCAGCCCCAAGUCAAACCUCAAACCGCGGCCAACAUUCAACAGAAUGUUCAGUCCAAGACCCAGAUUCAGGCCCCUGUACAUGCAAAGACUAAACCCCAAAUUAGUCCUGGGUCUACGGCUCACGAGCAAACAACGUUUCAGGAAAUGACAACACCUCAAUCUUUCACACUUACUCAUGUUCAAUCUACAGAACAGUUUCAAACACUCCCCCUUUUGAAAAUUCAGCCAAGUCUUACAGAACCUUUGACUCAACAAUAUCCUCAAGGUCAACCAAUAUUUCAGCCUCAGGGACAUCCUUUGACUCAAUAUCAUGCACACACUCAGUCGGCAGUCCAACACCCAGGCCAUAUUACCCCGGGCCACCUAGCCACUUGGACCGAUGUUAGCGGCUCUUCCUCAAAGUCGAUGACACACCCACAAACUCCAGUGCAGCCAGUGGUUUACCUUCAAAAUUACUCCAAUGCUCAGCAGUGGAAUGCAAGGCAGGAGCCACAAAAUAAUGACAUUGUCCGGCAAAUGCAUCACAUCCCUCACCCUUUCACUCAGCAAACAGGUCAACCUCCACAGUUUCAGGCUUUACAAGCACCGCAAGGGCCUCAAGGUGGUCAUCCACAAAGACCUCAAAUGGGUCCCACGGGGUAUUCUAACAUGAUACAAUCAUAUAAUCAGUCUCAGAUGCAAAUACACUCGCAACCUCAACUCCAGACUCAAACUUUGUCCCAAAUAAGGCCCCAAAAUCAACAACCGUCACAGAUGCAAGUGUAUGAUGUGACUCUAAUGCAGACACAACAUGGCCAGAGUGAGCAACCAAUGUGGAUGCAGGUACAACAUUUACAAGCCCAAUCUUCUUACCCCCAGGCUCAGCAAUAUCCAUCUCCUGAGCAUGUUAAUAUCCGCGCUCAAAUACCACAACAAACUGAUUUAGUGUAUCCUCCACAGCCUCACCUUCAACCUCGUCUACAGGCCCAAUUCCAACCUCACAUUCAGACACAAGCUCCUAUGCAGCCACAGUUUCGCCUUGCCCAUCUUAAUCCUCAGGUUCCUCCACAAUUCAGAUCAAUAGCUCCAACACCAAGCCAACCCGGGACUCAAUCACUGUCGCAAUAUAUGCCUGAACCACAGCUAGCACCACACUCUAAAGUUCAGCCAUCCCUCCAACCCAAACCUCAGUCUCUGCCCUCAUAUAAACCUGAACUGCAGCUGGUCCAUCAAGCCAUUGCCCAGCCUUCCACUCAAACCAACGCUAAAUCAAUGCCACAAUGUAAACCUGAACCCCAGAUAGCCCCACAAUUGAAAACUCAGACACCAACCCAACCCAAAGUCCCAACGAUGCCACAAUAUAAACCCGAAGCCCAGCUAGCACCGCGACCAAAAGUUCAGCCUUACACUCAAACUCAAGCCCAAUCACUACCUGAAUAUGUUCCUGAAUCCCAGCUGGCUCAUCAAGCUAAAGAUGUAUCACAAACACAAAGCAGUGUAGGAUCAGUCCCACAACCUGAACUCCAGUCACCACGACUCAAGAUUCAGUCACCAAUCAAAUCAGCUGCACAAUUACAUCCAAAUGCCCAAAAAUCACCUGAACCCAUUACUCAUCUGCAGCCACAACCUCCAAUUCAAUCUGCUCAACAAAAGCCAACCCAUCCAGUCGUCUAUUCCCAGGUGUGUGUUUUGCCUCACUCCCAGGCAGAAUCACCAGACCUCUGCUUGACACCACCUGUCCUUGCUCAAGCACCUCCCCAAGCCUAUUCUGAGGCCUAUGCCAAGGCCCAGGCUUUGGCUAGAAACGGCUUUGAGGAGGCUAAACACUGCCUCCAGGGGCACAUCCUGGAGGCCAUCACUAUCUUCAAAGACAAAUGCAUACCAGACGGACAGGCAUCAGCGACAGAGACUCUGAAAACCCUGGAUCCAGAGUUACUGGAGGAAUUCCUAAGAGCAGCAAAGGGCAUGGAAGCCUUCUGUACACCUUCACAGCUCAAAGACAUGGAAACCUUCACUCAGUCCGUCAGGUCUCAGUGGGAGUCUUGCUUCUCAACUGAGUGCAGACUCCAAGCCGGCAACCAUUUGGAGACCUUAAAAGAGUUGUGUGACAUGCUCAGUCCGGAGGACGCUCAUCGUCUAGCCCACACCCAGUUGAGGGAGUGCGAGAGUAGCUUGGCUGCCAUCCAGCGCCAAUUCAGUGGAGACCAAGAAGCCCUACCGCCUGAUUCAAGGAUUCCUGUUGUAUUUGAUGACAAUCAGACCCCACAAAAAGAAAUUGAAAGUGGUAACCCAUCAAUUUCAACUCAGGCGUCACAAAUGAAAAUCAUAGCAAGUGUAGAGCAAAAACCGGUUAAAAAGCAGCCCCCAGUUGUGGAAGAAGUCAUCAAAAAGGAAGCUUUAGAGAGAUAUGAUCAUUGCAAGAAGUCUCUGCAAGUCCAGCUGUCUAAAAAUGAACAGAGCAUCAGCGAUGUUCCCUCAGACUCUGGGACUCUAAAAGCUCUCCACACUCGCCUUCAGGAAAUUCAGUUCUUGAGGCAGGAGACGACGUCUCUGUGGUCUGAGUUUGCAAACCAGUGCUCCCACUUGAGUGAAGACGCUGGUCUGGAGCAGGAGAAAUCAGAGCUGGAGGAUCAGUGGCGGGCUCAACAGUCCAACCUUCAGAGGAGAGGCAGCUCACUGGGUGCUGCUCUUCGACAAAUUGACUCAACAGAGAACCACAUGGUGGAUUUCAGCGACCGCUUGGACCGUUACCUUAGACAACCCAAAGACAUCACUGCCUUCACACUGGCCAACACCAACAUCCUGAAAGACAUCAAGGAACUGGAUGAAAAUAUCCAGAGUGAACUGGAUCAGCUUUCACGUCUGGAGCCUGAAUCCAGCAACCUUGAUCCCAGAGACUGCCUACCUCUCUCCCGUGAGGUAGAAGCCCACAGAAACAGCCUGGAUCAGCUUCGGCAACAAGUUCGCAAGAGCGAGGCGGCUGCUCGCGCUCUUGACCGCUUCCUCGUGUCACUUCGCACCUUAGAGGAGGACAUCCCCGGAGUCCAAGGAGCCCCCUGCAGUGACACUGUGGCUCUGCAAGACUGUCGCGCCAAGCUCGCUCUUAUUAAACAGAGUGCGGACAGUCUGAAAGACAAGGCGCCGCAGCUGGAUCUGCUGUUGCAGGGGGCUCGGCUGACGGUCACGAAGGAUGGUUCUCCUGCCUCCUGUCUAGACAUGGUACAUUUAUUGUUGAAGAAGCUGGGAGAAGCUGACAAAGGACUUGUAGGUCAGCAGCAGACCCACAAGAAGGGAAACCAGGGCAAAUCUUUGGGAUUGAGGAAGAGGACUCUGUUGGGAGAAGUGAGAAAGCUCCAGGACACCAUCGGAACACGAGGCCUAACUGAGGCGACCAUGCCGGCCGUGCAACAGAGACUUCGGACUCUGUCUGAUUUGGAUGACCAGCUGCAGACUCUGAACUCAGAGCUCCAAAUUCUCAGGGACCUCCCUGAGUGUCAAGGAGAAAGUCCAAAUCCCCUCAAGGAGCUGGACAGUCAAUACGAGCAGACUAAAACAUCUUUGACUGACAGGAAGCAGCAGUGCAGCAUCCUGAUGGAGUUGCUGAAGAAGUUCCAAAGCUGUCGCGGUGGGCUAAGGAACACCGUGCAGAGAGCCGAGCAGACCAUCAGUGAGCAAACCUCCUACCUGGGCAAAGACAACCUUCAGAGGAUCAUAACCAAGGUCCAGGACAUUAAGAAGGAGCUAAGUGGCCUCGGUGAGCAGAUGGAUGAGUUCAGGGGAGUUUCUAAGCAGCUGCAGUCCACACUGAAGAAGUUUCCGGACUGCAGAGAGGCUCCAUUUGAGACUGAGGCCGACAUACUGAUGGACAACUGGCUGGAUAUGACCGAGAAAACCGACUCGUACAUGGACAACCUUCAGGUGGGCUUGGAACUGUGGGACAAGCAGUUGAUGUUGGGGGGCGAGAUUGAUGGAUGGGUGGCCACCAAACUGGCGCUCUUUGCGGAAAGCCACCCCUUCCACAAACAGGAGCAAGUUGUGGCAAUGAAGGAAGAAAUCCAGGCCCAUGAGGAAAACAUAGAACAUUUCCGCAAGAAGUCUGAGGAGAUCCAGGAAAUGCUUCAGAGUCAGGAUGCACCACUUGAACUGCAAGUGAUGGAAACGCAGCUGAGGAAGAGGAUGGAACAGGUGAAGGAGUUGUUCGCAGACUGCACCGACGUCUUUGAGGAGCUGAUGAUGGUGAAGAAACAUUUUGCGGAGAAAAUUGCAGAGUGCCUGUCAGCCCUUGGGAACAUUCACUGUUCUAUCAGUAAGCUCAAUACCUCAGAACCAAAAGCGGAGACCCAGAUGCAGGAUCUAGAGGUAGGCCUAGAGGACCAGGAGAGGCAGGCUGAAUCCGUGCUGAAGGAGAUUGCCCUGGUCUCCAGUGUGGCGAGUCCACAGGUGCUGGAGACUCUUUCGGCGGACUGCGAACGACUGACAGAUGCCAUCGCCCGCGCCAAGGACAUAAUCCACCUGAAGACAGAGGAGCGGGAAAAAGGCUUCCUCAAGGUCAUUGAAGAUGAGAGGCAGUCAUUUGAGGACUGGUUCCAGGACCUGCAGCUGGCCGUCAACGAGUGCUUCGAGAACCCAGAGAGUAGGUUGGACGUAGAAACGUCUUUGGAGAGGCUGACAGGCUUCUUGAAGACCAACGCUGCUGAGCAACGUCUGGACCAGCUGAAGGAUCAUCUGGACAUCGGCCGCCAACAGAUUGACGCUCAACAGCUGACCGAGCUCGGCAACUGGCUGAAAGAGCAGCGGGAGGAGGUGCUCACGUUUACCAGCCACUGUUUGAACAGGCAGAAACAGAUGCAGUGUCUCCAUGCAGACUUAAGCGGUCUGCAGACACAUCAUGAUAGCCUCCAGGAGUGGCUGCAGGACAAAGAGAAACAAAGUACAACCCCUGUCAAUGCCAAACAUCUCCUCGAGGACCUCCAGGAUGAAAGCCAAAGAGCGGACGCCGUCAUUGAGCUCCUUGCUUCAGUACGCCGCCAGGGCAUCAAAGCCGACCCGCUCGUGAAGGACAGCGACGACCUGAUACAGCGCUACCGAAAGCUGGAAGCCGGGCUGCAGACACAGGCGGAGGCCCACGACAUCUUGGAGGGGGGACUGGAGCAGUUUAUGAGCCAGGCUGAGAGAACCAAAGGCUGGUUUAAAGACCUCCUACGGCCUUUUACCUUAGCAGAUGGAGACAAGCAGUGCAAGGAGAUGAGCCACAAAGCAAAGGCUCUUCUGAGCACAAAACCAGAGGGAGACUCCAAGGUGAACCAGCUUCGAUGCCUGAGCCAGAGUCUUUGCGAGCAGGAGCAGUUGGAGCAGAGCAAGAAACAGCAAGUCCGGCAGUCGCUUCGAGACGUGGAGGACGAAUGGCAAGCUGUCCUCCAGGCUGCUGAAGAUACUUUAAACAAGUCGGAGAAGCAAACUCGCCUACACCAAGAAUUGGAUGCGUUCAAAGUCCAGAGUGACAGCUUGCAGUCCUGGAUCAGCGACUUGGCUGUGGACAUUCAGUCUCCUGGUGGUUGCACGGAUGAAAAGUGGCAUGACAUUCUACUCACUAAAACGGACUUGGGGUCUAAGCUCCAGAACCUUAAGGAGCAGGGCCAAAGUCUAUGCAACAGUGCGGACUUGGAUGAAGGCUUUCGAAAGGAGAUCCAGGACACAAUAAUACUAAGAGAAGGGCAAUGGGAGACGGUCACGAAGGCUGCCGAGGAGGUGGAGACAGCAGCCGCUGCCGACAAGGAGGUUGCUGGACUCCGAAGUCGCAUCGAGGCCACCCAGUCUUGGAUCCGGGAGCAGAGGCACAAGCUGCUGUCGCUAGGAAGUCACAUGCUGCUCCAGGAAAGACUGCAAGUUACACAGGCUGUUAUGGCUUCCGAACAUGAGGGCCACUCAAAAGUUUCGGACUUGAAGAAGGAGGAGGAGAACCUGGAUGCGAGCAGAAGGCCCGAGGCGACACGGUUGGUGUUAGACCUGGAGCAGCAGUGGAGGUCCGUCCUGCAGACGUGCAAAGAGGCCGAAUUGCGAGGUUUCGCCGACGACUUUGAGACUCAGAGUAAAAACGCGCAGUCGUGGGUGAGAGAGCAGGAGAGGAAGCUGCAAUCUAUCAGCAUCCACGCUCCACCUGAAGAGAGAUGUCGCACAGUUCAGGAUGUUCUGCAGUCCAAACCCGACGGCGACUGCCAGGUGAACAACCUGAGGAGGCGGGGCCAGAGUCUUUGUGACCGUCAUGACGUAGAGGAGGGCAGAAAGUGUCAGGUCCAGCAGACGGUCCAAGACACGGAGGAGCAUUGGAGGGAGGUUCUGCAGGUCGCCAGAAAACUAAGAGAGGAUAUAGGAUCUCAAAUGAACCAAGAGAUGGAGAGGAGAGUUUUGGAGCUGACAGAAUUCAAAAGCCUCCAUCAGGAAACCAGCCACUGGCUCUCGGACCUCCAGCAACAGCUGGAUUCUCUAACCAGUCAAUCAACAGAAGAGGGAAGACUACACACCGCACAGACCAUCUUGGGCUGCAAGUCCAAGGGGGAUAUUAAACUUCAAGAGCUGAAGAGACGCUACCAGAGUUUAUGUGCCGAGGAACUCGAGCCGCACCAAAAACUGGAUCUUGAGCGGAUCACACGGGACACACAGGACCAGUGGACCACCAUCCUCCAGAGUGCCAAAGCGACGCUGAAUGUGUUGGAGAAGCAGAGUGCUCUAAAGUGCCAACUGAGGGAGCACAAAGAGGCCAGGGAAGAAUUCCAAACCUGGCUGGAAGAACAGCAACUGAGCCUCAAUUCCCUGAAUUGUCAUAAAGAUCAUGAAGUGACCAUAAACACUGCACAGGCCAUCCUGAGCUCCAAACCCAACAGAGACUCCGAGCUGGCUGAGCUCAAAAGACAAAGCCACAGUCUCUGUGACCACGAGGACGUGGAGGAUGUUGUCAAGCAGGAGUCUCAACAAGCAGUCAGAGACUUGGAGGAGCAGUGGAGGACGCUGCUCCACGAUGCUGAGAACUCACUGAAGAAAGCAGAGGUUCUGUACUCGCUCUCCAGGGAGCUGCAAGCCUUCUUUAGCCAGGCAGCUAGCACUGACACCUGGUUGGAGGAGUUGCAGGCACAGCUUGAGACCACGGGGACAGACACUUUAGGCAGCCAGGUCCAGAUAGAGGACCGUCUGAAUACGGCACAGACCAUCUUGAACUCCAAGGCCAGUGGAGAGACCCGUGUGAUGGAGCUGCAGAGGCGUGUGCAGAGUCUGGAAGAACACAAGGAUUUGGAGGAGGACAGUAGGCUGGAGGUCCAAACAAAGCUGAAAAGGUUGGAGGAGCAGUGGAGGACCAUCAUGCAGGCAGCAGAGGAGAGGAGCAGGCUACUACAGACGGUCGUGGGCAACCAGCUGUCCUGUCGGUACCAACAAGGACAAGUGCGGACUCGUUUGGUGGAGCUACAAACACAGACUUCCAGUUUGCCUCGCGACUUCCCCUGGCCAGGCUUGGGAGAGCGGAGGCAGGCAAUGGAACAAGCCCGGAGCCUGCUGGACAAGAGUGGAGCCAUGGGCCCCCUCCUCUCUAGUUUACGCACCAAGGCUGCAGAACUGUGGGAGAUCACCCAGGACUCCGAAUGGGCUGAUUCAACCUGGGGUAGCAUUGAAGAAUCCAUUCCAAUUCUUCUCAAACAGUUAACAGAGGCCCUGGCAAACCUGGAGCGAGGAAUCAUGGCAGAGAGGCAAUGCACUCAGCUUUUGGAACAGCAUGAAGCGGCCCAGGACUGGUUGAGAGACCAGGUGAAAGCCCUUAAAGCCCCUCCAGAAAACAGAAAAGGUCUUCACAGUGCCAUCAACACACUGAAGGCGUUACUCCAGACUGUGGAUCGGGAGCAGAGAGAGAUGAAGGAGCUGGAUGCCGCCAGAGAUGAUCUCCUCGGCGUCUGCACCCCCGGCGGUCGGGACGCUCUCACCCUGGAGGUUAGCCACCUGCACGAGCUCUGUGCCACCUCCGAGCACGACGUGAAGGACCACCUGGCGGCCUGCGAGGCCCGCUUGCGGGACCUGGAAUGCCAGGCAGCCCAAAAGACGAAGGAGCUGACGGAGAAAGCGACUGCACUGCAGUGGGAGCUGCGAUCGUUGGAGCAGGCGCUGGGAUACAGUGAACCCCAGGACAGUGUCGGACAGCUCCCGCAGCACUGGCACAGCCUGCAGAAUUGUAAAAAGUCGCUCGAGGAAAUCCACGGGAAAGUUGAUAAGCUGCAGGAGGAAGUCCGUUCUGCCAAUGAGCUGCCGAUAGAAAUAACCACCACCGUCGACUCUCUGCGCCAACAACAUGACAGUUUGCAGACCAGGCUGAGGGACCAUAAGCAAAGUUGCUCAACAAAUGCUGCUUGCUGUUUGACAAAUUCAAUCCAAGCCCUGCAGGAAUGGACCCACAACCACAACAAGCCUUCAGAAUCCAUUGCAACUGCGCAGGAGGCAGCAGAGGAAGGGGAAAAGAUGCAGGCUAUUCUUCAGGAGGCACUUUCUCAUCAUCAAUUUCUGAGUGACUGUUUGAAGCAGGAUAUGUUUGAGAAACUUUCAAAAGACAGUUCAGAAACACUCAGACAAGCAGGGACACUCCAGAUGUCUCUCCGUCACAACGUAAAGGAACUUAUGCAAAGGAGUGACCAAAAAACGGAGGAUCGGCCUAUUGAUAUUGAUGUCCGUACUGAAGAGAAAAAGACAUCUUUGGUGGCACCUCCACGGAAGAACAAACAGUCCAUUAGGAAAAAGUCUCAAGAUCGAUUCCAACAAGACAUUCCCGCAACUGACACAUCUGGACGGGAUGAGGAUGACUCGUCAGUUUCAUCGAGGUCCAGUGAGCAAACUGAUGAUACUGAUUCAGGAAAAAAGAAAGAAAUUCCAAUAAGAAAGAAGUCAAAGACCAAGCAAGUAUCCCUGGAUCGUCUUUCAACAGGUGAAAUAGUUCAUGUGGAAACUAAGAAAACUGAACAUGAAUCUAAAAAGACUUCAGUCAGGGGGCAAGAUGAAGCUAUGGUGAUGGAUGAAAGAAAGACAACAUCUGCAGCGAUUCCUUACGCCAAUGAUGUACCACAGGCUGAAGAAGGAGUAGAACAGCUUCAUGGUGCCACAACUCUAGAGUUAGUUUCUUUCAGUUCUUCAGAAAAAAGCCAAUACUUGAAAAGUAAGGAACCUUCACCUGCAGAAGAAAGUACACAAAUAUCUGAUGCAGCUUUUAUGGAAGCACAGAUCACAUCCAAAAGCAAGCCAAAGCUUCUAGAACACAGAGAACUUGGUGUCUGUAAUGAUUCAAACCUCGACAAAGCAAGAAAAGACUCUGAAAGUGGGGAAGCUUCUGCAGUAGCUCAACUCGUAACAGGAAUUAUCGAGGCAGCUAUGAAAGACAUUGCUUUACCUUCAAAGAAGGAUCAGAUAGAACUGGAACGUACUAAAACGUCCUCAGCUUCACAAGCUGUCACAGGCACUCCUGAGGUUGAUAUUGCCAAGGUAGGAAAGAUCUCACCACCCAAAAGAAAGUCAAAAAGUUCUAAGGUUUCUCAAGGGCAGCCUAAAACAAAAGAGCCAAUUGUGACAAAAGAAGAUUUCAAUCUAAAACCAAAAGAGAAUAAACUUGUAGGCGUUGAAGAACUUGGCGUUUGUGACGAUUCAAACCUUCAGAAAGCAACAGAAGACUCUAAAAGUGGGGAAGCUUCUGCCGUAGUCCAACUUGUCACAGGAAUCAUUGAAGCAGCUAUGAAAGACAUUGGUUUACCUUCAAACAACGUUCAGAUAGAACUGGAAAGUACAAACACCUCUUCAACUUCAAAAGUUUUCACAGGAAUCCCUGAAGUUAUUAUUGGGGAGGAAGAAAAGAUCCCACCACUCAAAACAAUUUUAAAGAGAUCAAAGAUUUCUCCAGAGCUGCCUAAAAGAGAGGAGCGCAUUUUGACGGACAGAGAUUUAAGUCUAGAACCAAAACAGGAAAAACUUGUAGAUGUCAAAAAACCUAAUAUCCUUCAUGAUUCAAACCUCCACAAAGCAGGAAAAGACUCUGAAAGUGGGGAGGCUUCGGUUGUUGCCCAAUUUGUCACAGGAAUAAUUGAGGCAGCUAUGAAAGACAUUGCUUUACCUUCAAAUGAGGAUCGGACAGAACUCGGAAGUACAAAAUCUUGCUCAGCUUCACAAGUUAUCAGAGAAAUCCCUGAAGGUAUUGCAGAAGAAGGAAAAAUCUCACCAUCCAAAAGAAAGUCAAAGCUUUCAAAGAUUUCUCCAGAGCUGCCUAAAAGAGAAGAGCAUAUUUUGACAGUAGACCAAUUAUACCUAGAACCAAAAGCAGAAAACCUUGUAGAAGGCCAAGAACUUAGUGUCGGGAACGAUUCAAACAUCCACAAAGCAACAAAUAAAUAUGAAAGUGAGGAAGCCUCUGCAGUAGCUCAACUGGUCACAGGAAUAAUUGAGGCGGCUAUGAAAGACAUUGCUUUACCUUCAAAUGAGGAUCGGACAGAACUCGGAAGUACAAAAUCUUGCUCAGCUUCACAGGUUAUCAGAGAAAUCCCUGAAGGUAUAGCAGAAGAAGGAAAAAUCUCACCAUCCAAAAGAAAGUCAAAGAUUUCUCCAGAGCUGCCUAAAAGAGAAGAGCAUAUUUUGACAGAAGACAAAUUAUACUUAGAACCAAAAGCAGAAAACCUUGUAGAAGACCAAGAACUUAGUGUCGGGAACGAUUCAAACAUCCACAAAGCAACAAAUAAAUAUGAAAGUGAAGAAGCUUCUGCAGUAGCUCAACUGGUCACAGGAAUAAUUGAGGCGGCUAUUAAAGAUAUUGGUAUACCUUCAAAGAAAGAUGAGAUGGAACUGGACUGUAGAAAAACGUUCGCGAUUUCACAAGUUGUCACAGAAAUCCCUACAGUUGUUGCGGAGGAAGGAAAGAUAUCACCACCUACGAGAAAGUCAACGGAUCGGAAACUUUCCCCCAAACUUCCUUCCAAAGAAAUGAUAGUGCGGACACAAACGUCAUUUGAGUCUAACGUCAAAAGGGAAGAAGCAGAAACUCCUUUGCCAGUCUAUGCUGUUGGUGAUACAGAUGACGACGAAGUAAAUCAAGACUAUGAAAGUGGAAAAAACACUUCAGAACCACAUGCAGUAACAACACAUGAACGUUCUCCUGAGGAUGAAAGAAAAAUCUCACCAUCUGAAAGAAAUUCAAAGAGAUCAACAGCUUCCCUAGGACUUCCUAAAAAGAUAGAAGAAAAAUCUGAUAGUCACAGACCUUGCUCUAAUGCAGGAAAUGCUGAGACUACUGUGUUUGAGGAAAGUAAACUGAAAAAUGAGGUACAGACUGAACAGAAGUCUUCCGAUUCCGUUGAGCCGUCUGAGAACAAUGUAACUGAAGUAAACAGUGACUUGCCAAUUGAAAGAAAAGCAAAACAUUUUGAUGAUAAAGAAACAUGUUUUCAGCCUCAGGAGGGUGAACAAGUCGACACCCUGGUAAAAGCAAGCAAAGCCAAAGAUAAUGUUGUAGGAAAGAUCUCACCACCAAAAAGAAAACAAAAAAGUGGGAGGGUUUCAUCAGAAACUCCCAAAUUGCCAACUAGGAGAAAGUCCAAAACUCAUGAUGUUUCCAAAGAGCCAGUUACUGACGCCAGUGAAAGUUUUGCGACUAAGACUGAAGAUUCAAGACAAGGCCCUGAAAGUGAGGGGAACUCUUCGGUUGAACUGCUGGUAAAAACUAAACAAGAUGCGGCUGUUUUGGAAGAUAGAAAGCUCUCGCCGCCAAAAAGAAAGUUAAAGGGUCAGAAGGCUUCAACAGAUGACAUGCACAAUACUAUCAAGAGCCUGCCAGAAGAUGCUGUUGGACUAGAAGUCAAGAACAGGGAUAUAGCUACCACUGAUAUUAAAACAGAGACUAAGUCGGAUGAGAACACUUCUGAGGUACAUGCAAAUGCAGCUGAAAAUGAUGGCACUAAACUUCCUCCCUUUGCACAAAAAGGUGAGGCGUUUACAGAAAUGAUCUUAAUAGAUCAAACCAUGACGGCAAUGCAAACUGUUAUUGAGUUGGAACUGUUGGAAACGAGGGAAAUCCCUGAAGAAGUGAAAGAUAACAAUGUACAGGUACAGAUUUGUAAUGAUGAUGCCACAAGCUUGGAAAAUCCGUCUGUAUUAUUAGAAAGAAUCCAAGAAAGGGUUGGUGUAGACAUGUUAGAGGUAAAUAUACAGAGUCAGGUAGAGGAUGGACAGCUCUCUGUUAUGAGCAGUGCUGAACAGCAAGUGAUCCAAAGUGAGUCCGGUCAAUCCAGCUCUGUGGUUUUAACAAAACUUCAGCCAAAUAAAACUGAAUUGAUAGAAAUCAUAUUAUUUGACCCGGCCAUGGAAAAGAAAUGCCAGACCGAGAGUCAGGUGGAACCUUCGGAAACCAGCCAGGAAACAUAUAUUGAAACCGUGGAACGAACAGACGCCGUAGCUACAAAUAGAACGCAAGAUACUGCCUUGACAAUUCACAUUGGACCUGAAGUGCAUGUUUUAAAGGUAGAUGUAACAGCAUGUCAAGAGAAACAGGAAGACACACUAGAAACAGGACCAACAAAGGAAAUUGUUCAAAGACUGCCAGAAAAGAAAGACGCGUCAGACAAGAGUCUACCUAAGACAGCACUUGAAGAAUUACCAAAAAAACAACAAAUUGUGAUUGAAAGUCAUUCUGCUCAGCUCCCCAAUGUUGAUUCAGAAGAAAAGCCCUGUCAAGCAGAGACAGACACUGGAGGAAGCACCCAAGAGGUCCAGGCCCAAACGUCUUCAAGUACUGAAGGGGAAAUAGAUUCAGAAAACAAGACCCAUGAGGGGGAGAAAGACAAACCCCCAACAGAAAUGUCACCAGUGGAAAAGCAAGAAGUAAGCAGCAAAAGAGACCAUGACGAGGUUCAAAGUGAAGCAAUUAAAGCUAUUUCUGUUGCUUCUGAGCCAGUUCAGCCACUAGAGGGUGGAAACAACAAAGACUAUGUUGAAUUAAUCCCAGAUAAAGAUCAGUCACAACUUUGUGCUGAAUCCCUCGGACAGGAAGUACUCCAAAUAGGUGUCGGACAAGAGAUGGAGUCACCUAAUGAAUCAAUCAGUGAUAUUCAGCCCAUCAUGUCAUUAAUUAAAAAGACUGAGGCAGAAGUUUCAGAAAUUGCUGAACCUCCUUUACACUCUGAUUUGGAAACUGUAUCUGAUACUCAAACAGCCGAACUAGUUGAUAAUCCAGUAAGCAGUACAGCUCAAAAUGACAUUGGAAAGGUGGUCAGAUUUGGGCAAGAAAAUAUUACCCAAACAGACACUCCAACAAGUAACUCCGAGCCAAAUGAAGCGAUCUCUGAGAAUUUAAAUGUUGAUGCACUAGAAAAUUCUCCAUUGACGGACAUCUUCUCAGAGAUAAAAAUGGUCACGGACACAGGAUUUCUAAAGGAGGUUGGAGCGUGUGAGACUCCUCUCGCAGAACUAAUGACCUCCAGCUGUGACCUUGAUGAUCGCCGGUGUAGGUUAGUGUUAAAACUCCUAAGUUGCAAGAGUCACUCCCCAGAGCUCCAGCCAACAGUUAUGACCCAGCAGCUUAAGGAGGCUCAGGAAUGUCAAGACAUGGCCCAGGAUCAAGUAGCUCUGCUGUCCCAGCAAAGAGAUGUACAUGCUGAGAACUCAGAUACUUUAGAGUUUGUGGAGGACCAGUGGAGAGCUGUUGCUCAGGAUGCAGCUGCUGUUGUCGAGAGCAAAGAAGCCCAUCUGCAUCUGGUGCAUGACUUCUGUCAAAUUACUCAAGAAACCAAGACUACAAUGGAAAGACUGGCAACUGAACUGGAUGCUGUAAAAAAUUCCCUGGCAGAGAACAGCCACAAGAAGGCCGACCAGCUGAACUCCAUUAAGAGAGAUAUAGAAGAAAACAGGAGUGUCCUUGGGAAGUUACUUGGCAUCCACACAAAGCUGUAUCCCCUCCUUAGUUGCUCUAAUCAAGCAACUGCAAAAAUUCAGCUUCAGACUCUACAACAUGAAUGGAGAGACCUAGAGACAGGUCUAGAGAAGGCCUUGCAUCAUACUGAUAUUCAGUCCCAAAAGGCCAGCAGCCUUUUGCUGGAGUUGUCAUAUCUGCGGGGACAUUUAGAAUCAAUCGGUGAAGAACUUGAAGCCGAAUAUCCGAGUAGCCAAGUAUGCCAGUGGGAUGACAAGAAGGCGCAGCGGUUUUUGAUGGCACAUGCCGAGGUUAAAGCUGCUAACGUGAGAUAUCUCCAUUUGAAAGAAAGGUCGCAGGCACUACUUCUAAGUUUAUGGCCAAAGGAAACCGCGGAGAUAGACAAAGGUCUGCUGAAUGUCAAAGACCAAGUUUGUCUAUCAGAAGAGUGGAUAUCCUCUCAAAUUCAGAAAAGCUGUAAUCCUAUAAUGGAGCAAGUGAUGACAGUGGCGAGGGAUGGGAUCACUUGGGCCAAGCAGAUUGAGAGUGAUAUUGAUGGCAGGCGAAAGACAGUACCUCUGCGCCCUGAGGCGGUUCACCAGCAACUCAGGGAUCUGAAAAGGCUGCAGUCUGAGGUCACAAUCAAACACAGUCAACUGAAAUUACAGGUAAAAGAGGUAUCUGGUUACCUACCACAGCUGGACCCAGCCGAGGAGAUACCUGUGGUUCAUUCUUUGCUGGACUAUUUAAAAGAAUGUUCAAAGUCGAUCACUGAGAAGUUAUCCCAAGCCAUGAAGGACACGGAAUCCGGUCUGCAGAUCAGAGAAAAGCUAUUUGAACAGAUUGCAGAUCUAGACACCUGGGUUGGGACACAUCUGCAAAGAGUCACAGCCAAAAGCACAGGUGGGGAAUGCAUGUGUCCUGCUGAGAUUGAUUACAGUGAGAUCCAAGAAACGCUGGUUGAAGAUAAAACGCAGUCUGCUCUCUGCAAUGCCCUUUUAAAUAAGAGUAAAGACAUUUGCUCUGAGCUUAGCAUCACUGAGAAUUGUCAGCUUUUUGACAAGAUUAAAGACCUACAAAAAGAUAUGGACAUAAUCAGCAACUAUGAAAAGUCUAAGGAAAAUGAACAAGAAGAACAUACGCAAUAUUUGGAGUCAAACAAGCAACAGCUAGCCACUAUUGAAAAAAACCUGAGGGAAAUGCAAGUAGACUUGGGAAAAUUCAGGUUCCCUAUCACAAUAGAAUCCCUGCAAGCUUUGGAACCUUUCAAUCAAUUGCUUUUGGAACAGAAGUCACAGAUUGACAUUCUCCAAUCCCGGAUUCCACAAGAAGAGACAAUGGAACUAUACUCAAGCACUGCUGCAAUUCACAACCUAAUGACUAGUCUGCAAAUGAAGGCCAGAAAUCACGAAAGGUACCUCAACCUGAGGCAACGUGCCGAAGACAUUAAAGAGGCUAUUGAUGAACAGGUCAACCAGAUAAAUGAAGAGCGCAGGGAGGUGGCAGAGAAGUAUAAAAUCUGUCAAAAGCUUAUUUUCCAGUUCCCGUUGAUAAAAAAGCUAUGUGACGAGGCUGGAUCUGAACUCCAGUUGAUCGUGGCUGACCUAUACCCUUCGCAACUGAGCUCAGAGCAACAGAGACUUCAACAACUUGAGGAAAGCUUCGAAAUCUUGGAGAUGAAAACCCUCGAGGAUAUCAGCCUUUUUGAGUGGGGUCUACUGAAAGAAGUGGAUCUGGUCACAGAGAGAAACGCCACACGAGCCUUGCUCAGAGAGGCUCUCCUGGAGCUCCAAAACCCCCCACUGAUGGAGCCGAACGAGAGAUCCAUUGAUGAGGAAUACCAGAGGAUAAUGUUUCUGAAAAUAACCGUUGAGUCAAGAAUGAGAGUCUUGGAGGUUUUAGAGCAGAAGAAAGGACAAAAGGAAGGAACCAACACUUUAGAUCUUGAACACUUGAAGACGGAAGUUCUACGUGAAUGUGACUCACAAAUGGACAGUAUCGCUGAUGCAAGGAUUUCUUUGAAGAACUACAUCUCUACUGUAAAACAAACACGGAAAUUCCUGAGGGACUCUGAGGUCUUUCUGCUACCCCUUCCUGGCUCAGCCGGAGUCUGUUGUGAAAGGUUAGAGGUGACCCAGCAGAUGUUGGCCUCCCUGGAAGACAACAUCCAGACUUACAUUGACCAGCUGAAAGGGGAAGGGACCCUGCAUCCUUACCUGUCCCUUGUAGAGGUAGAGAAACUCAAAGAGGCCAUUCUAAGCCAGUUCCUGGUGAGGAUUUCCACACUUAAGGCAAAGGGCUUUCUACAUUUGGAGAAUCUUACAAGCUGUGCUGAAAAUUACAGAAAUUAUACUAAAUUUAAUGAAGACAUCAAUCUGAGUGUAAGGAACACAGAGGGGAGCCUUGCACAGGUGGUCUCUCAGAGGGUCAACUCUCUGGCUGACUGUAGUGAACAGUUAGCUAAAGUUGUGGCAUUGCAAGAGGAGCUGGAUUGUCUGCAGAAACAUCUGGAAGAGACGGUGGACUGGUGUCCGGAGCAGAGCUGCCGUGGACACCGGGAAAUCUCAAUGGCCGCCGUAUGGAGACGCGUAGCAACACUCCGCCAUUGCUUUCAGCAGCUGACUCCUAGACUUAAACAAAUCAUUUUCGAAUGGAGUGACAUCACCUGCAGUGUGGAGAAAGCGGCCGCUUUACUGCAGCAGGCGGAGGCGGAGCUCCCGAAGCCUGCGCCGUUGAAUGCAUCGACCAAUGAGCUUCAUGGUCUGCAGCAGUCCUGGGAACAAUACCAGGACAGGCUGGACUGUGAACACCGCUCUCUUUCUGCCCUUGAGUUACGCAUUGCCAGGCUGCUGGGUAUCCCUGCCAAUGUGGAACAGGCUCCGCCCGCCCCACUCUUUCAGCAGCUCCAAGCAAUGCAGGCCAGGUACAAAAGUGUAAAGCAGAACAGCCGCGAGGGUUUGGGGUUCAUCAAGCUGGAUCUGGAAGAGAUAGAAAAAGUGCAGGAGGAGCUGCAGGUCGUUUGGGUUUGGUUGACCGCUGCUGACAGCCUGUUGUCCGAGAUGGACCCAAGCAGCAACACGGCAAAGCUGAAGGAGAUCCAUUGCCAGUUGUGCAUCCAGAAGGCUUUGGUCCAUCGCAUCACGGAACGUAUAAAUACGAAAUACCCGGAGACUGUGCCAACCGAGAUCGGUGGCCAACUGCAGGAGAUUCAAAAGACUUUACAACAAGUCGAAGUCAAGGUACAAGAGGCAAUAGAAAAGAGCGACCUUGUUCACAGAAUCGGUGCAAAGCUCCUGGAAACCCACACUGGCUUGAGUGCAGUGCGGCAAAAGCUGGACGAGAAAAGUUCUACCGUAGCAGACGCAAAGCUUGCUCAGAAGCUGGUGCGGGGCCAGUUGGACGGAUGGCACUCGAACGUGGCGGCGCUGGAAGCUGAUGUGCGGAACCUGGAGAGCCCACAGGAGGCGUUGUCCCUCGCAGAGAGACUAACGGAGGUGCAGCAGCUCUACGCUCACCUGGCCAAAGAGGCGGAGCAUAAGACCACUCUCCUCAGCAAGAUGCAGACGUGGCUUCAGGAGCAUCAAGAAAUGAUCAACAGCUCCGAGAGUUGGAUGGCGCAGGCUCAGUCCUGGCUCGCCGCUCCUCGCACUUACACCACAGCUAAAUGUCUGAGCGACCACGUUCAAGCUCUGGAGACGGUCUUGAAAGACUCGACGCAGAUCCGCACCACGUUGCAAGGUUUUAGUUCAGUCCUGGACGAAAUGUCUGAAGUGGUGGAGGUGUCAGCUUUCCGGGAACAGCUCUCCCGAGCCGACCGCCAAGUGGCCGUCGUUCAAGACAGCUUUGCAGAGCCUCUGUCUCGACUCCAGCAGGCCACCUCCGAGGUGGAAGUGAUCGAGAGCGAGGUCCGGAAGAUGGAGAACAACAUUGCUGAGAUCAAGACUAUUUUAUGUUCUCCGGAAACGCUGCCCAGCCCCAAAGAGAGACGUCUCAAGGUGGUGGAACAGAAGAUCCACUCCAUGAGGAGCAGCAUCGCGGACAUCCAGAAGGCAAAACCGGAACUUCAUCUUCCAGAGAAGGCUGAGGAGACGUUGACCGUCUUCGGCGUCAUUGAGGAGCUGCAGAAGUUGCUGCUAGAACUGGAGAAGAAAGUCCCGGCUCUCUUUAUCCAGCAGCUCCAAGUCCCGAAGACCACAUCCAGCGCGGCAGAAGCUGAGGAGAACGCCGAGCUGGGCCAAAUCACGAUCGCCCACGUUGAGGACGACGCGCUGCGACUCUCAGGAGCUGCGUUGUUGACGGUGGAAAGCGCGACGCCCGAGCAGAGACUUUCAGAGACCUCUGACCGCCCGACGCGGCGAGGCGCUGGCGGCGAGGAGGCCUGUCAGGAAGCGGGAGGGCAGGAGCAAAGAGUGAAGGGAGGUGGAGGUGGAGGAGGUGUGGUGUGGUGGCUCUGGGAGGCUCUCCUGGGUGGUUCUUCUGAGCAACCGGACGCCCCUGAAAAGAGAGAAGCUUCCGGUGAAGAAGACGCAGAGCUGGCGUCGCCAGAUGACACUCAGGACGUGCGCGGCGCCGCUGACGAGCCUUCCUCCGAGGACCGGGCGGAGGGGCGGGGUUUGGACAGCGAGAGCGUCGGCGAGAGAAUGGGCCCGGGUCCGGCUCCCCUUAGGCUCCGCCCCUCGACGGGAGACCUCCACGCGGGCCUGGAGCGGGUCGAGCAGCUGGAGCGGUGGCUCCACGCGGCCCACGCACGUGUGGAGGCGGCCGCCGGGGACAUGCAGGACGGCGUGGACAUGCAGGACGGCGUGGAACGGCAACUCCUCACCUGCCAGGAGAUGUUCCUGGAGAUCGAGCAGCAGGUGUCCAUCCUGCCCCAGCCGGGUCUUGCGGAGUCCCGGCGGGAGGCGGCCGAGCUGCUGGUAUCCAAACUGGGAGUCCUCAAGUCCAACCUGAUGUCCUUCCAGCAGCUUCUGCAGGACAAGCAGGGAGACCGGAGGAGGCCCGCCCGAAAGGAGACGUCAGAGAAGGUGCAGCGCCCCCUGGCGGCCCGGCUCAGACGCAGCAGCAGCGUCCAGGAGGUCUUCUCCUCGCCGAGAAACAAGCUUCUGCGUCAGAGCAGCCUGCAGCAGCAGAAGGACUUGGAGCAGCAGCUGAGCGAGCAGCGAGGUCUGACGCAGGCCAUCGCCAGCGCUCGCCGCCCCGGCCACCAGCCCCGGAACCAGGCCCCGCCAUCGCCACGGAGGUGUCCCGCCGAGGACGAGGACCACGGCGCCGCUGAGACGUGGGACGGCCUUCACGGUCGCCUGCUGGCUGUGGAGGAGAGCUGGCUGCUUCCUGCCUCCGAGGUGACAAACUCAUCUGCCAGGAGUCGGGACGGAGCGGCGGGACGCCUUAAAGAGCUCCGCGCUCACGUGGGACGCCUCCGGGAUCUGGGACGGUCGGCCGAGACGACAUCGACUGCGGACGCCCCCCUUGAGGAGGACGUCCUUCACGUACUGCACGAGCUCUGCGUCUUCCUGUCCUCCAUCAACCAUACGCCGCGCUCCCUGGAGGAAGUUGUGCACGAAGACCACCAGGGACCAGUCCACUUGCAGACUCUGGCCGCAGACCUGUCCGCCCUUCAGGGCGAAUUGGCGACGGUGACCCGCGUACUGGGGUCCUCCACGGGUGUCCGGCAGUGCGUGGACGUCCUCUGCAGGAUCCUCCCGGCGGUGCGGGCGGCGCUGAUCAGCCGAGAAACGGAACUUGAAAAGCUGCGAGAGCAAAAGUCUACGCAACAGGUUGUGACAUCCACGCAGGAUCCGGCUGACGGUGUGGAUCCUAACAUGGAGGUGACCGCGCCACAGGUCGAAGUCCACGGCGGUCCGCGUGGCUCCCCGCCCGGCGUUCGCUCCUUCAGCGAGGAGCCACUGGGGAGCGACGAGGAGGCGCUGAAGCACUGCGAGCGGCUGUUGUGGGGCAGCAAGGAUUUGCUCGCUCUGGCCUCUGAACACUUGGAGCAAAACCUGCAGCUCCAGUCCAGGACUCGUUUACAGCAGCAGCUCUGCGGUCACACGAGGUUCUUCAGGUUCCUGAGCCAACAUUUACACAGCCUGCAGUACCUGUGCCAGAGAGUUCCAGAGAGCGCCCUCCAGAGGUUGGAGGGUGUAAGGCGGGACGUUCAGGAGAAGGCCUUCCCGCUGCAGACGCAGGCGUUGGAGAAAGGAGUUAGCAUGGAACAACUCCUACAGACGUGGUCGCGGUGGGAGGACGACGCCGCCUGGUGCCAGUCCCUGCUGAGGGGUCUUGAAACGUCAUUACCCAGCAUGCACCAGAGGACGGAUGCAUCCAGGCUGCUGUGUGUCUACCAGGAGCUGGGCUCGGUUCUGGAGAGGAAUGCCGCUCGCUUCGGUCGGACUUUGGAGGCGGGGCUCGAGCUCCAGAAGGAAGCCUGCGGGGGAGUGGGCGUGGCCCGCAGUCAGCUGGAGGCCCGUUGGAGAGGUGUUGAGACGAAGCUGAAGAUUGGCAGCGCCGACGUGGAGAGGAGGAGCAAGCUGAGGAACAGCUUUGACUGCGACUCCGCCGCACUCACGGCCUGGAUGGGCGGGGCCAGGCGGGCGAUUGACAGGUGGACACAGCUGGUGGUCUCGGCCGCUGCGGACGACACAGGCGGCGAGCGGAGGCGGGAGGAGUACCGUCACUUUGUGACGCUGAGCAAGGAGCUGGAAGACCAAAGUGGACUCAAGGCCAGACUUGUCAGCGCCGGCGCCCAGUUGGCUGAGCUGAGCCAAGACGAUGAAGACUGUGAUGAAGACCCAGAGGCCCAAGAGUCCACCUCGGACCUCCACCCCGAUUGGAUCAGGGCCCAGCUCAGACAACUGGAACAGGACUGGACCGGUUUGUUGGCAGACGUCCCCGUGGUCCAACAGGCUCUGUACAAGUGGAGGUUGGAGACUUUAAGCCACCAGGAGGCGCUGCUGGAGAUGCUGGCCUGGCUGGAGGAGGUGGAGUCCAGACUGGAGGAGCAACGCAGCCGCCUGGAAGUAGUCUCCUGCACCAGCCUGGAGCUCAGACGGCUUUUGAAGUACUGCAAGGAGUGUCAGGUGGAGAUGUCAGCCAAUCAGGGCACACUGGACCACGCCAGCCAGCCAUCACAGACCUGCACUACCACGGAGAGCCAGAGGGGGCGCUAUGAAGACAACCAGUUCGCCGAGGACCAGGGUCUCCUCAACCGUCGCUGGCUGACUUUGCAGACGACGCUGAACUCUCAGGUCCACGAGCUGGAGGAGGAGUUGAGGAGCAGGACUGAGCAGGAAGUCGGUUUACAGCGGAUCAACAGCUGGAUCGCUGAGCAAAACCUCUGGAUGGACUCUGCUCGGACCCCUCGCAGCCUGGCGGAGCUUCAGCGCAGCGUCGAAACCUGUGAGAACCUCGAGGAGCAGAUCAGGCUGAGGGUUGCGGCUCUGCGGGAGCUCACCAACAAACACGGAGGCAGCUUCACAAGUCGGGCUGAUCGAUCCAGUACGGCCUGCGCCGCGCUCGCAGAGAAGGCAAGUGGCCCUAAUGCCAGCCGGGCAGAAGGCGGUCCCGGCGACGUGCUGACCAGGCUCCCUGACUUCCAGAGUGACUCCCUGAAGAGCGUUCUGCUUGAGGCCAGGCGGCUGUGGCUCUCGGCGGACCAGGCGCUGCAUCACUUGGGGCGGAGGCAGGUGACGACGUCCCACAUGUUGGAGCUUCUCCACGGCCCUCGACUCUCCCUGCAGGCCCACCGAGACCUCCUCCGUCAGCUGGAGAGUCUUCGCCAGGAGACGGAGACUCCGGAGUGGGACCAGAUCAGUCAAACCUUCUCCUCUCUUCAACGCCUCAUCCACCCGGCCGCAGCCUCCAUCCUGAGUGGGCAGCUGACCAACCAGAGAGAGAGUUGGGCGAGCACGUCUGCCUCGUUGGACCAGCGUCUCCAAAGAAGCCGUGCCAUCCUAUCAGCUUGGCACGUCCACACCCAGACUGCCGCCGCCUUCUCGCAGCGUCUGAAGGACGUGCAGAAGGACGCCACCCGCGCCCGGAGUGCGGUCAGUCCCGACAGCACUGUGGACAACAUCGCUGACGACGUACGCCGAGUUCAGAAUCUGUGCCAGCAAGCCGAGGCUUUGCAGGUUGACCUGCAGGGAGUGCUGGAGAUCUCCAAGGACCUGAUUGGCCGCCUGGAGCCCCCGGCCGCGGCUCUGGUCCAAUCGGAGGGCAGGUUGCUGUCACGCAGCGUCCUGCAGUUGAGCGAGAGGCUGGCCGCAAAGCAAGAGGAGCUGCAGGAGGAGCUGACCACGCUGCAAGAGGUCAGCAGCCUUCUGGACAUGCUGGAGUCCAAAUUGCAGAGCCUGGAAGACCAGGACCGCCCGGUCGAUCAGUCCGCCCACCUGGAGCUCGGCUCUCUGACCGCCCACCUGGACGUGCUCAACGAGCUGAGCCGCGGCCUCACGCUGGGCAACUGCGCCUCGCGCCGCCUGCAGCGCCUCAACCGCCGCUGGGGCGACGCCUCCUCGCGAGCCGAGGAGGCCUGCAGUGAGUUGCAGACGGAGGUUCUGAGGCAGCAGACGUUCGAGCAGAAAUGCGAGAGCUGGAUGGCGUUCCUGCAGAGCAUGGAGGACCGGCUGGCCGUGGACGUGCCGGGCUCGUACGACGGCCUCAGGGAGCAGCUGUGCACCCACAAGCGCUUCCAGGUGGAGCUGUCGGUGGGCCACCAGAUCCUCCAUUCCGUCAUCGCCGACGCCCUGCGGCUGCUGCAGAGAGGAGAGGUGGACGACAGGAGCGACUUCAUCCUGAAGCUGAGCCAGCUGAGGGAGCACUGGCACGGCGCCGUGCGGCGGGGGGACCAGCGGCGCUCCCUGGUGGAGGGCCUGGUCAAGCAGUGGCACCUGUACCGCCGCAGCUUGAGGAAGCUGCGGCGCUUCCUCUCCGACACCCGUAGCCUGCUGCCGCUCGCCGGGCCGCCCCGAUGCAGCCUGCAGCAGCUGCGGCGCUCGCUCCAGGACCUCCAGCACGCCGAGCUGCUCUUCCAGAGGCACCAGUGCGGCUUCCUCCACACGCUGGAGGUGGGCCGCCAGCUAUUCUCCAUGGCCGACCAGGAAACCCAGAACCGGAUCCAGACGGACCUGGGAGCGCUGCAGGAGGAGUGGGACGACCUCCACGGUCUGCUGAGCCGCAGGCUGGACCUCGCCCAGGCCGUGGUGGAGAACUGGCAGCGCUGCGAGGCGGGACUGGCGGACAAAAUGCUGCAGCUGAAGGACUUGAAGACCAGACUCAACCAGUCGCUGCCAGAGUGCGACGACGGCUACAAGGAGAGCAAGGACCCGCUGGAGGACUGGGCGGAGAGCCUGAGAGAGCUGAGCGCCAUGAAGACGGACCUGAGCCAGUACGUCAUGGCCGACGACGUGCUGCUGCUGGACGAGCAGGUGAAGCACCUGCACUGCCAGUGGGAGGAGCUCUGCCUCAAGGUGUCGCUGCGCAAGCAGGAGAUCGCCGACCGCCUCAACGCGUGGGUCAUCUUCAACGAGAAGAACAAGGAGCUCUGCGAGUGGCUGGCGCACAUGCAGGACAAGGUGGAGCACGCCUCCGACCUCAACAUCGAGGAAAUGGUGGAGAAGCUCAAGAAGGACUGCAUGGAGGAGAUCAACCUGUUCAGUGAGAACAAAACCCACCUGAAGCAGCUGGGGGAACAGCUCAUCAGCGCCAGCGACAAGACCAAGCAGAGCGAGGUCAACGACAAGAUAAACAACGUCAACGACCGCUGGCAACAUCUGUUCGACCACAUCGAGGCCAGGGUGAGGAAGCUGAAGGAGACUCUGGCGACGGUGCAGCAGCUGGACAAGAACAUGAGCAACCUGCGCACCUGGUUGUCCCGCGUGGAGGCCGAGCUGUCCCGGCCGCCCGUCUACGUCGUCUGCCACGGCGACGAGAUCCAGAGGAAGCUGGCCCAGCAGCAGGAAUUGCAGCGAGAUAUCGAGCAGCACACGGAGAGCGUGACGUCGGUGUUGACGCUGUGCGACGUCCUGCUGCGGGACGCCGACGCCUACGGCAGCGACUCGGAGAACGACUCCAUCCUGCAGACCACCAGCAGCCUGGACCGCCGCUGGAGAAACAUCUGCGCUAUGUCCAUGGAACGGAGAAUGAGGAUCGAAGAGACGUGGCGUCUUUGGUGCAAGUUCCUGGACGACUACGCUCGCUUCGAGGACUGGCUCAAGGCGUCCGAGCUGACGGCGGCCAACCCCGAUUCGGCUGACGUCCUCUACACCAGCGCCAAGGAGGAGCUGAAGAAGUUUGAGGCCUUCCAGCGACAGGUCCACGAGCGUCUGACUCAGCUGGAGCUGGUCAACAAACAGUACCGGCGCCUGGCCCGGGAGAACCGCACGGACGCCGCCAGCAAGCUCCGCCUCAUGGUGGCCGAGGGCAACCGGCGCUGGGACGGCCUGCAGAGGCGCGUGGCUGCCGUGCUCCGCAGACUCAAGCACUUCACAUCUCAGAGAGAGGACUUUGAGGUGACGCGUGACGGGAUCCUGGUCUGGCUGACAGAGAUGGACCUCCAACUUACCAACGUGGAGCACUUCUCUGAGAGCGACGUUGAGGACAAGAUGAGGCAGCUCAUGGCCUUCCAGCAGGAGAUCACGCUCAACGCCAACAAGAUUGACGCCCUCAUCGUGUCCGGGGAGAACCUGAUCCAGAAGAGCGCUGCUCUGGACGCCGUGCUGAUCGAGGACGAGCUGGAGGAGCUCCACUCGUACUGCCAGGAAGUGUUUGGACGUGUGGCCCGUUUCCACCAGCGCCUGGUCCACAGACGCCCGGUACUGGAGGAAGAGAGGGAGCUGUCUGACCUGGACAACUCACCCGAGCCCAGCAGCGUCCCUUCCUGGAGGGACACCUUUAAGAAAGACAGCACCGGGCGUCAGACCACGUGUCCAACUUUGGAGCACUCCGGGAGAGAGACCCCCGUCAGCGUGGACUCCAUCCCACUGGAGUGGGACCACACGGUCGAUGUGGGCGGGUCUUCUUCGCACGAGGACGACGAGGACGCCACCUAUUUCAGCGUCCUGUCAGUGACAUCUGCUCGCCACGCGCCAAGCUGGCACCAAUCCAGAGAAGCGUCAUCUUUUCGUCAGCCCGCCUGCUUCCACCAGCAGGGCUAUGUGAAGCUGAUGUCCGACUGCAGCGGCAGCAUCGACAGCGUCAAAAACAUCAAGCUGAUCCUCGACGGCGGCGAGGAGGAGCCGGAAGCUUCCGGUCUGACGAGCAGCACCGCCCACAAACACACGGGCGCAGGUGUGAUGGAGCGCUGGGAAGUUGUCCAGGCCGAGGAGGCGAGCGAGGGGGCGGACACUGAGCGGGGCCUGCAGCGGUGGCGCCGGAUCCACGCCGACCUCGCCGACGUGACUUCCUGGCUGGCCGCCGUGCUUCCCGAGCUGGAGAGGCUGCAGAGCAUCACGCCGUGCACCCGUGUGGAGGACUUCGGACUUAACGUCCGCACCCUCAAGGACAUGCAGAGGACCUUCAGCGGCUACAAGCGCCUGCUGAUGUCUCUCAACCUCAGCACGCGUCGCUUCCCGCCGGCCGCCAGCGCCGAGUGGCGGGAUCUGAAGGCGGAGCUGAGCUCGGCCAACCGGGGCUGGACGCAGGCCUGCGGCGCUCUGGCUCGCUGGGAGGCCACGCUGCACGCCGCGCUCCUGCAGUGUCAGGAGUUCCACCAGACGCUGCACUCGCUGCUGGCCUGGUUGGCUCAGGCGGAGGGCAAACUGGGCGACAUCGGCGCACGGCGGCACGACGCGUCGCACGCCGUCCGGAUGGAACAACGGGACGCGCUUACGGCCCUCCAGGAGGAAAUGUCCGCCCGCCAGUCGGAGGUCUGGUCCCUGCAGGCCGUGGCCACGCAGCUCCUCCUGGAGGCCGAGGACGGCCUGGAGGCCAAGGAGCGAGUCCACGUCAUCAACAACAGGCUGCGUCUCCUCCUGCGGGACGCCCAGGCGCUCCAGGCCGCCAUGCAGCAACACCCGGGGGAAGAAGAGCGAGCGGCAGGACGAGGACAGACACACCCGAGAAGACGGGAGACCCCGCCUCCUCGCCACUUCCUGUCCCGCGUGCUGCGGGCGGCUUUCCCGCUGCAGCUCCUCCUGCUGCUGCUGCUGGCGCUGGCCUGCCUGGUGCCGCCGCCGUCCUCCUCCGCCGACUCCGGCUGCACGAUGACCAACAACUUCGCCCGCUCCUUCUACCCCAUGCUGAGCUACACCAACGGCCCGCCCCCCACAUGAGGAAGUAUUCUUUAUCCAUCGCUGGGAAAGCCAUAAAGACUAAACUACGUUUGUUUUUUGUUUCUAUUUACUAGAGAUGUCCGAUAAUGUCGGGCUGCCGAUAUCAUCGGCCGAUAAAUGCUUUACAAUGUGAUAUCGGGAAUUAUCUGUAUCGGUUUCAAAAAGUUAAUUUUACGACUUACGUGAGAAGUCCAAAGCGCCGAUAAACCUUAAAAACACUGCCAAGUGAAUGCAAGGCAUACUUGGUCAACAGCCACACAGGUCACACUGAGGGUGGCCGUUUAAACAACUUUAACACUGUUACAAAUAUGCGCCAUACUGUGAACCCACACCGAACAAGAAUGAAAAACACAUUUUGGGAGAACAUCCGCACCGUAACACAACAUAGGACAAAAUCUGCCGAUAAUAAUUUUGGAGUUCCUAGGUGAUAUGCUUUACAUUAGUGUAUGCGAUAUUGUCAUUUGUUCCGUAAGUAAGCUGUUACGCGCAUGGCAGGACCUAGCAACCACCACAUGACCGCGUAGAUACAACAGAAAAACCUAGUAUCUCCAGGGACCAAUCGGAGCUUCUUUGUAAGUGAAUGAAUUAUAUUUUAUAUAGCGCGUUUUCUCUAGUGACUCAAAGCGCUUUACAUAGUGAAACCCAAUAUCUAAGUUACAUUUAAACCAGUGUGGGUGGCACUGGGAGCAGGUGGGUAAAGUGUCUUGCCCAAGGACACAACGGCAGUGACUAGGUUGGCGGAAGCGGGAAUCGAACCUGCAACCCUCAAGUUGCUGGCACAGCCGCUCUACCAACCGGUUAGGUAGGUCGCCUUAUUGUCUUUAAUGAGACAUUUGCACGAAUGGAAGAAUUUGGAAGAUUGGCCCACACCAAACAAGAAUGACAAACACAUUUUGGGAGAACAUCCGCACCGUAACACAACAUUGGACAAAUCUCCCGUCCAAAGGCAAAACCCAGUAACUCAAUGUUGGUCAAAACUGAGCUGAUAAUAAUUUUGGAGUUCCUAGGUGAUAUGCUUUACAUAAGUGUAUGCGAUUUUGUAAUUUGUUCCGUAAGUAAGCUGUUACGCGCAUGGCAGGACCUAGCAACUACCACAUGACCGCGUGGAUACAACAGAAAAACCCAGUAAAUCAAGGGACCAAUCGGAGCUUCUUUGUCGGUCGCCUUAGUCUUUAAUGAGACAUUUGCAUGAAUGGAAGAAUUUGGAAGAUUGGCCCACACCAAACAAGAAUGACAAACACAUUUUGGGAGAACAUCCGCACCGUAACACAACAUAGGACAAAUCUCCCGUCCAAAGGCAAAACCCAGUAACUCAAUGUUGGUCAAAACUGAGCUGAUAAUAAUUUUUGGAGUUCCUAGGUGAUAUGCUUUACAUUAGUGUAUGCGAUUUUGUAAUUUUUUCCGUAAGUAAGCUGUUAGCAACUACCACAUGACCGCGUAGAUACAACAGAAAAACCCAGUAUCUCUGCGGAGGUCAAAGUAAAAACUGGACGCUGUACACGGCUCUUGCCCAAUGUGCAAACGCAGAAUGGAGCCCCCCCUCCCCCGAGAUUGUGAUAAAAUAUCUGGAGAAAGGGCACACGUUCACGAGAGCGGAUUCAAUCCAGGGCUCAAUCGGCCAAGAAAAUGAAAGCUCAAGAAAACAUCUAUGCGUUUGACGACUUUGUAGAUCUUUGUAAGACCGCAUCAAGAUGGAUUGGUUUUCCUUUGCUUUCUCAAAAUCAGCUAGAAGUGAGUUACUAGGUUUUGCCUUUGGACAGGAGGAAUACCCAGAACCCCUUGCAGCACUAACUAAUUUUAAUUUUCCUGAAGGAACUCUCCCGAAGGAAGCAAUAAUCUAUCUAACUCUUCCGGGACGCUACAAUAUACAAUCUCUGCUACCCCCUACCCUAAACCCCGCCCACCUCAACCUCCUCAUGCUCUCUCAGAGAGAGCAUGUCCCACAUUAUGCACUUUUUGACUUCAAUAACAAAUAUGGCAGUGCCAUGUUGGCAUUUUAAUUCCCCAUAAUUUCAGUUGAUUUAUUUUGAAAAACCUUCUUACUUUGUUUAAUGCAUCACAACAAAAUGAGGCAUAAUAAUGUGUUCAUUCCACGACUGUAUAUAUUGCUAUCGGUUGAUAUCGGAAUCGGUAAUUAAGAGUUGGACAGUAUCGUCAUAUAGGCAAAAAAGCCGUUAUCGGACAUCUCUAGUUUUUUUUGUGUGUGUAAAUCGUCACUUUUGAUCCGCGACAAGCCGACAUGGGACUCUCGAAUUGUCGUCCAUAGCGACGUCGCGGUCGAACACGACUUUGUUGCUGUGUUUGUGUCACGUUUUUGCGCUAAAAGAAAUGCCAGCUGGCUUCAAAGCGGAAGAACGUUGACGAAGUUUGAUGUUGAAAAUGAACUUUGCUUUACUUCACAAAA